CAAGAAAAUGCGAGAAAGUGGAGGCAAAUCAUCAAUGCUGCCGUUUACGAGAUGCAUAGAUUCUCUCACAUACUCGAGUGUUUUCUCAGCAAACGCCAAUUCGUCUUCGCAUCUUCCCGAUUCAAGUCUCGGUUUGACCUGAUUCACAGAAGCUUUCACGUUACGAGAGCCCUCGAAGAUAAUUUCCGGAGAAGUCACGGGAUUGGCUUGGUUUGUCUCGACAAGAGCCACAACGAGCGCACGAAAAACUCCAAGUACGAUGAAUUCGCGAGCGACGUCGAAAAGGCCUACAGAAUUCUGCGGAAAUUCCACUCUAGGAUUCCGAAGCUGGAACUCGCGCUCAGCGAAUCCGGCGUUGAGCUCCGACACGGGUUAAUCGAGCGGGUUCUGAAUCGGUGCGGCGAUGCUGGGAAUCUAGGUUACAGAUUCUUCGUCUGGGCGGCGAAGCAGCCUGGAUACUGUCACAGCUACCAAGUGUACAAAUCAAUGGUGAAAAUUCUUAGUAAAAUGCGGCAAUUUGAUGCCGUUUGGGCUUUAAUCGAAGAAAUGAGGAAGGAGAACCCUCAGUUGAUUGAACCGGAAUUGUUUGCCGUUCUGGUGCGGCGAUUCGCGUCUGCGAAUAUAGUGAAGAAAGCCGUUGAGGUGCUCGACGAAACGCCUAAGCUCGGUUUAGAACCUGACGAGUAUGUGUUCGGGUGUUUGCUAGAUGCGCUGUGCAAGAGCGGUAGCGUUAAGGAUGCUGCAAGGCUUUUCGAGGAUAUGAGAUUGCGGUUUCCGGCGAAUCUCCGGUAUUUUACUUCGUUGUUGUAUGGUUGGUGCAGGGAAGGGAAGAUGAUGGAAGCUGAACAUGUUUUGGUUCAGAUGAAGGAAGCUGGUUUUGAGCCAGACACUGUUGAUUACACUAACUUGCUAAGUGGAUACGCUCUUGCUGGUAAAAUGGCUGAUGCUUAUGAUCUUUUGAAAGAUAUGAGAAGAAGAGGGUUUGCACCAAAUGCAAACUGUUACACGGUUUUGAUUCAGGCACUGUGCAAGGUAGAUAGAAUAGAGGAGGCAAUGAGGGUUUUUGUUGAGAUGCAGAGGUAUGAAUGCGAGGCUGAUACCGUGACUUACACUGCAUUGGUUAGUGGGUUUUGCAAAUGGGGGAAAAUCGACAAGUGUUAUAGUGUGUUAGACGAUAUGAUAAAGAAAGGGCUCACGCCGUCUCAACUCACCUAUAUGCAUAUCAUGGCGGCUCAUGAGGAUAAAGAAGAAUUUGAAGAAUGUUUGGAGUUGAUGGAGAAGAUGGAGCAGAUAGGGUAUCAUAUUGAUCUUGAUAUUUACAAUGUCGUCAUCAGAUUGGCCUGUAAGUUGGGACAGGUAAAGGAAGCUGUUCGACUAUGGAACGAAAUGGAAGCAAAUGGGUUGAGUCCUGGAGUCGAGACAUUUGUUAUCAUGAUCAAUGGAUUAAGAAGCCAAGGUUGUCUCCUCGAAGCUUGCGAUCACUUCAAAGUAAUGGUAAGCCGAGGAUUGUUCUCCGUUCCUCAACACGGAACGAUGAAGUCGUUGCUAAGUACCAUUUUAAGGGAUGGGAAGCUCGAGAUGGCUAAAGAUGUUUGGAGCUGCAUCGCAAGUAAAGGCACUUGCGUGCUGAAUGUACCGUCUUGGACGAUAUGGAUCCAUGCACUGUUCUCGAAAGGCUAUGUGAAAGAGGCGUGUUCUUAUUGUCUUGAAAUGAUGGAGAUGGACUUCAUGCCACAACCUGACACAUUUGCUAAGCUUAUGAAGGGACUGAAGAAACUGUAUAAUAGAGAAUUCGCUGUAGAGAUUACAGAGAAGAUGAGAAAUAUGGCAGCAGAGAGAGAGAUCAGUUUUAAGAUGUAUAAGAGGAGAGGUGUGGAGGAUUUGACUGAGAAAGCCAAAGCUAAGAAAGAUAGACAAGGGAAGAAGAAGCGGAGGACUUCAUAACUGUGUGCUUUUGAGGAAUCUUAGUCAUGUCGAGAAGGCAAGUAGGCUCGACGAGGCGUGUAGGUGAUAGUGGAAGCUUCCCAUUUGUAGGAGCUUUGCACUCAAAAUCGCGUUCGUCUCCUCUAUUAUCUGUUUGCCUUGUUCUCGUGGGAGCAUGCCUUCUCAUUGGUUAUGCUUACAGUGGUCCAGGUAUGUUUAAAAGUACCAGAGACGUCAGCAAGAUCGCAGGUGACUAUUCUUCAUCAGAAGUACAAAGAGCCAUUCCUCUUCUUAAGAGCGCUUAUGGAGAUAGCAUGCGGAAAGUAUUGCACGUGGGCCCUGAAACAUGCUCAGUGGUCUCUAGCCUGUUGAAGGAAGAAGAGACUGAAGCAUGGGGUGUUGAACCAUAUGAUGUAGAGGAUGCAGACUCUAAUUGCAAAAGCCUUUUGCAUAAAGGACUUGUACGCGUGGCAGACAUCAAAUUCCCUUUGCCUUACCGGUCAAAGUCUUUCUCUCUCGUGAUCGUCUCAGAUGCUCUGGAUUACCUCUCACCCAAGUAUCUGAACAAAACCGUUCCUGAACUUGCACGGGUUGCUUCAGAUGGUGUCGUUCUUUUCGCAGGUAAUCCUGGUCAACAAAAGGCUAAAGUCGCAGAAUUGUCGAAAUUCGGACGACCGGCUAAAAUGCGUAGCUCGUCGUGGUGGAACCGUUUCUUCUCGCAGACGAAUUUAGAGGAAAACGAAGCAGCAAGCAAGAAAUUCGAACAAGCAGCUUCCAAGAUUUCAUACAAACCAGCUUGUCAAGUCUUCCACCUGAAGCCAUUGCAUUAGUACGACAGCACCAUUAUUACUGAUAAUUGAGCUUCAAAGUUCAAACCAAGAUUAUAUCUCCUCUCUGUUAUAUGCCCCUUUUUCACUAUAGAAAGAAACAAAAUUUUCACAUAAAUUUGUAACCCAUUCUCAAGUAUUUGAUUCGUAAGUUAACUAUUUAAUAAAUUCACCUGAAUUUGACAUUGUAAAACACCAUCGGAUAGAAUCCACUAUCUGAUAAAGAUCUAC